AUGACCUAUCUUAUCACAGGUAUUCCAAAAGAUACAAAUGAAGAGUCCCCCAUCCGCCAAGAUGUCGAUGACUGGUAUCUCGAGCAGACAGGGCCCUCCGGUAACCGUAUUCAACUUACGUUGUUUGUGGAAGCCUUGAUUAUAAUGCAAAAUCGCUCCACCACUGACGACUUAUCGUACUUCGGUCUAGCUGGUAUCCAUGGCGCUCCUUGGUCCGGUUGGGGCGGACAAACCUCCGAUCACCAAACCAAGGAUGAAAAUUUCUGUGUGCAUAAUGACUACACUUUUCCAACAUGGCAUCGCGUGUAUAUGGCCUUAUUCGAGCAAGUGGUCUAUGAAGCUAUGACGGAAUUCAUUAACGAUAAAGUGCCAACUGAAUGGCAAACUGAAUGUCAUAAGGAAGCUAAGACAUGGCGUCUCCCCUACUGGGACUUUGCUCGGUUCGCCCGCGGUACUAACGAAAUUCGUUUGCCUAUUAUCGCAACAAUACCCAUGGUUACUAUCAACGUUUUCGGUUCCCCAGUGUCCACGCAAAGAAAAUCCAAUCCAUUAUACAAGUUUCAGACUGAAAGCCUCAUGGGAGACCUGGGAAUUAGAGAUCAGGGGGAAGAAGGUCCCUUCCACAAAUGCCGAUCCACCACCAGGUACGGCCUUUUAGACGGCUACAACGAGGACGUCUGGGCCGAUGGUGGCCAAAACUGGCUGAGGGCCAAUCUAGCACUGAACGAGCAUCCAUGGAACCGGGAUCCGACAGUUUGGGAGGGUUUCCGGACCUUGCAGGAGGCGGUCUUUCAGCUCCUCAAGACAUCUGGGGGAUCCUGGAGUAGCUUUUCGAGCACCAAGUACAAGGAAGGAAGCGAGCAAAAGGGAUACACGAAUCUCGAGUUUAUCCACAACAACAUCCAUAAUUGGGUAGGAGGCUUCUUGUUCAGGCGUCCUACUGCUUCCAGCCGUUUGAAGCUCUGGGGUGGCGGUCACAUGGCCAGUGUAUCCGUAGCCGCAUUUGAUCCAAUUUUUUGGCUGCAUCAUUGUAAUAUCGACCGUCUUACUGCUAUCUGGCAAAAGCUGAAUAAUAGUAGCUGGUUUGACGGAGAUAGCGAAGGAGUGCACCACAGCCAAUUGACGCCAUUCCACAACAGGAAUGGGAACUUGUUUGUGUCCGAUGAUGUGAGAAAUUGGACUGAUUUAAACUACGAUUACGCCAUCACGAAGAAAGACGAAAAAGAUAUCAGAGACGACAUUGCAACCUUAUAUGCGUUGGAAGGUAGCCCUUUUCAGAUCAACAUCUUCUUCGGUCAACCGGACGGCAAGGAUUUCCACGACCUUGGAUCUCGAAAUUUCGUCGCCAGUGUUUUUAACUUCAGUUCUGCCAUUAAAAAUAGCAACUGCGGCAAUUGUAUUGAACAGAAAAAGAGAGGCAUAUACUCCGAAGCCCAGCUUCCAGCCACACUGGCUGUCUGGUCGCAUCAGGAAUUGGAAAAAACCAACAAAGAGCCAGAAGUGUUCUACGUUGUAGUGAAUAGUCGUGGCGAGUCUGUGACGUUGGAUGACGAGGCAAUCACAGUUGACCUUUACAGGAUCAACGAGGGGAGGGGCGUGGACUCUCCCGAGGACCAUAGAUACAAGAAGGCGGUCAAUGGCAGGCGUGCUACGGUAGAUUAUUAA